UUUGGCCGGGUAAACGUACGAACAACGCAAGGAUAGGAUUCUUGGGGCCAGGAACCUGAUCAAUUAAUAUCGAAGAUCUGUUGCAUCUUUAGUUCAAGUAUGGGAGAAACCACAGCUUCUGAUCAAAAACAUGAUGAAAAAGAGGAAGUUGAGAAGGUGAACAAGAAAGAAAAGAAAGAGAAACACGAGGAUGGAGAUCAUCAAGAGAAGGGAGAUCAGGAGAAACCAAAGGACAAAAAAAAGAAAGAUAAGGAUGGUAAAUGCAAGGAAGAUAAGGGUGAAGGAAAGGAGAAGAAGAAAAAGAAUCCUGAAGAUAAGAAUGAUCCAUCAAAACUGAGGCUGAAGCUUGAAAAGAUCGAUUCCAAGAUGCAGGCACUGGUGGCAAAGAAAGAAGAAAUCUUGAAACUGCUUAAAGAAGCCGAACAAGGCGCCCCGGCCCCAAAUGCAAGUGGAGGAGAAGCUUGCCCCACCACCACCACCACGUCUUGAAGCUACUCUUACUAGCUAGAUCAGUUAUUGGAGUGCAAAAAAUCCUGAGAUUUAGGGACAUGAAUCAGUGAUCUUUACAUAAAAUAACAUGAGUAAGAUCAUGAUCUUCUGCAGCACAAGAAACCAAUCUGUAAAAAUAUUAUAUUAGGUCAAAGAAUCACUCAAAAUAUCAAAAAAAUCGUGAAACAAAUUAAGAAUAUAUAAAUAAACCUGUACUGAUAUCGAAUUGGCACAACAAUAUAUGUAUAUAUAUGGAUGGAUAUUUGGCCGAUGAUUGGAUAAGUAAUGUUGGGAAUAAAGCCUGGUCCAGAAGCAAUGCAUGCAUGCAUGUAGCAGAAACAUACUUGCAUUGAUCACGGACCAAGCUUUAUUCUCACAUAAUAUUAUCGAUCGUAGUUACUAAUAUCAAUACAGAUUCUAUGCGUACGUUGGGUUGUAA